UAGUUCAUUCACAUUCGCGCUUGUGUCCCCAUAGGAAGUUUCAGUAGGGAAGUCAUUUCAUAAGCUCGAGGAGGAAUUGUAGUGCGUCCUGUUCAGCCAAACGACAAUAUAACCAUGGAAUUACUGUAUUAUGCACUAUUCAGUGACCUUUUGGAGCUAAUUGUGUUUAGAAUUUGAGUCUAUAGACACUGUUUCGUGCGGAGGUUUUGGGUUGAACUACGCUGGAAAGCAGAAAAUAUGCGAGCUUCGCCCUAACAUUGGAAUAAACCUGAGCGGACUCGCCAGCCUGGGCGCAGCGGGAGUAUUUGGUUUUAUCCCGAGGAAGUCUCCGUGUAGAGAAAUAAACAUGAUUUUAACUCAGAUUGAGGCCAAGGAGGCGUGCACCUGGCUCCGGGCUGCCGGUUUCCCACAGUACGCCCAGCUGUACGAAGAUGGCUUGUUCCCCAUUGAGAUUGUGUCUGUGACCAGGGACCAUGAUUUCCUGGACCGGGAUGCCAUCGAGGCUCUGUGCAGGAGACUGAACACCCUCAACAAGUGUGCCCUGAUGAGACUGGAGAUAUCCCCACAGAGAAAGAGAAGUGAGGAUUCAGACGAGGAAGAGCCAUGCGCCAUCAGUGGCCUUUGGACCUUCCAGCGGGACAGCAAGCGCUGGUCUCGCCUGGAGGAGCUGGAUGUCUUCUUCCUCCCGGGUGGAAACCAGCUGCCCUUCCCCCAGGUCCAGAGACCCUCGGCCGGUCAGGGGCAGCUCCGCGAGGGCCUGAGCUCCGAGAGCGUGCUGACGGAUCUCAGCGAGCAGCCCGAGGUGGCCUCGCUUCACAGCAGCGGGAGUGUGGGAGAGGGAGGGAUAGUCGAUGGUGCCACAUCUAGCGAUGCCACCCCAGCGGCGGGCGCCACCCGCGCCAACUCGAUGGCCAGCAUGUGCUCCUCCUCGGGCACGGGCGGGUCGUGCGGCGCCAACGAGGACUCGCUGUCUGACGGGCAUCCGCACUCACCAUUGGAGACAACCCAAGGUCACUUCUCCUUCGACGGCAAGCCCAGUGGAAUUGUGGGAACAGGAGGGAUAGAAGGAGGAGGGAGCGAGACUAGAGGAGGGAAGAGCACGCGCUCACGGGCCAAGAGUUUCCUCAAGCGCAUGGAGAGCAUCAGACUGAGGAGCGCCACUUCCAAUAGCAAGAAGAAGAACGGAGGCGGGGGAAGGCCUUCCAAACUGGAGAUCAGCGGGCCGGUCAUCAAAGAAGGACUAGACGACGACAAGCUACGGCGCCUCAAUUGUGUUGACAUCUCCAGCCUCACCCUCAACCCGACCCAAACCAUGACCCUGAACCGUAACAGGAGCGUAUCCUACUCCACGCAGACCAGCAGUGGCAGCAUGGGGAGCGCCGGAAGCACGGGCAGUAGCCAAUCGGAAGCAAGCAGCGGGAGCGCCGUUAGCACCCCGAGCCCGGUGACACGAACCCGAAGCCACAGCACCGUGGCGGGGGCCAGUAAGAGAGGUGGGAUGUACCUGGAAGGUUUUGACCCGUUAAGCGUGUUCCUACAGCCGCCUGGAGAACAACAACCCCCAGCUUCCACCCAACCCAAAACCAGACAGAAACCACCUCAGCAACAGCCUAGUAAUCGGACAGUGGCUGAGCAAAACCAAAGCAAGCGAGGUCGCCUCAACGGAGAGAGGGAGGAGGAAGGGGAGGAAGAAGGCGUGAUUUUCUUCUACCUUCCCGAAGGCCACAAACCGGGCACAUUCCCCAAAGCGCUCGGCGACGGCAAACAACCACCGCAAAGUGGAAAUGACGAAAACAGGCCUCUUGCCGCCGCCGGCAGGCGCUAUCUCGGUAGUCGAUGCCAAACGCGUCGCGGCUCCACCGGCUCGGCGGACAGCCGCCUGAGUUUCUACGACAACGUGCCCAACGUGGCCUAUCAAGGCGAGGAAGACGAUGAAGACAAUGAAGAAGGGGAGGGGCCAAAGUUGGAGGAUGUGCUGGAAUGUGUCAACGGCCUGCAGCGAUUCGUCAACGCCUGGACGGACAGGGUGGCAGCCGGAGAAGAGGAUGACGAAGAGGAAGAAGAAGAGGGAGAUUCGGAUUCGGCAUUGGAUUCAGCGUCUCCAUGUCCGUCCUCACCUUUGCAGAACCAGCUGGAGGAGACGGACAACGGGAGCGACCAGGACAGCACGGGCAACCCUCUGGGAGAAGGAGAGAGGGAAGAAGGAGAGAGGGAAGAAGGAGAGAGGGAAGAAGGAGAGGGGGAAGAAGCCAUGAGGGAGAGGAGGGACUCCGGAGUGGGAGCCUCUCUCACCAGAUCUAACAGGCCUCAGAAGCUGCGCUGGCCCAGUUUCCAGGCCUCCCACCGGCCCAGUCACUCCUGGGCCCAGCGGCAGAUGGGCUGCCAGUCGGUACUGCAGAUGAACCUGCUCCAGAAGCUCUGCCUGCUCCAGCUUACAGCCCUCCUGGAGAAACACACCCCCACCAACAAACACGGCUUCAGCUGGGCUGUGCCGAAGUUUAUGAAGCGGAUCAAGGUGCGGGACUACAAAGACCGAAAUGUGUUUGGAGUGCCUCUGCUGCUUAACGUCCAGCGUACGGGUCAGCCCCUGCCCCAGAGCAUUCAACAGGCCAUGCGCUACCUACGCAGCCAAUGUCUAGACCAGGUGGGUCUCUUCAGGAAGUCGGGGGUUAAAUCACGUAUUCAGGCACUCCGUCAGAUGAAUGAAACAUGCGGCGCCGACGGAGGCGGAGUCAGUUACGAGGGCCAAUCGGCUUACGACGUGGCCGACAUGCUGAAGCAGUAUUUCCGGGACCUGCCAGAACCGCUGCUCACCAGCAAACUGUCUGAGACCUUCCUGCAGAUCUACCAAUACAUGCCCAAGGAGCUGCGUCUUCAGGCUACGCGAGCGGCCGUGCUGCUGCUGCCAGACGAGAGCCGCGAGGCGCUGCAGACCCUCCUGUGCCUGCUGAGUGACGUCACCGCCGCCGUGGCAGAGAACCAGAUGACCUGCGCCAACCUGGCCGUCUGCCUGGCGCCUUCGCUCUUCCACCUUAACACGCUGAGACGCAAGGAGAGCUCCUCGCCACGGGGGAUGAACAGGAAGCAGCCGCUGGGGAAACCCGACCAGAGGGACCUCAACGAGAACCUGGCCGCCACCACCGGCCUGGCACACAUGAUCCAGGAGUGCAGGAAGCUCUUCAGGAUCCCAGAAGAGAUGAGUCGCUGCAGAAACUCGUACCAGGAGCAGGCCCUGAUCCCCCUGAAGCUGGAGGAGCUAGGGGGUUCCUCUGGGGGUGACGGCGGUGCUGGCGGCCCCAUGGGAUGCAGGACCUACCUCCAGGACAGCCUGGACGCCCUCCUCAAAGAGGCCAAGGACAAGUUCAAAGGUUACGACAGCUGCUCCACGCCUGAACUCGCCGAACUGGCGUACAAGAAGGUCCACGACGGCUCGCCGCUGCGCCUGUGGAAGGCGUCCGUGGAGGUGCCUGCGGGUCCUGAGGAGGUGUUGACGCGGGUCCUCCGGGAGCAGGGCCGCUGGGACGAGGACCUGAUGGAGAGCCGUGUGGUGGAGACGCUAGGCGAUCGCACAGAGGUGUACCAGUACACCAGGAACACCAUGGCCCCCCACCCCACCAGAGACCACCUCGUGCUCAGGACGUGGGUGACAGACCUACCUAAGGGAGCGUGUGCGUUGGUGUGUACCUCAGUGGACCAUGACGGAGCAGCGUUACUGGGCGUGCGGGCCAAUGUGCUCACCUCACGCUACUUCAUCGAGCCAUGCAGCAGCAACAAGUCCCGCCUCACACACAUCUCCAGGGUCGACUGCAGGGGUCGGUUCCCAGAGUGGUACAAUAAACUGUAUGGACACCUGUGUGCCAGUGAGGUGGUGCGGAUACGCCAGUCCUUCACCAGCCAGAUGGAUAAGUGAGGGCCAGGCAGCUCCACUUGACUUGGAGACCAAAGUCACAAGAAGGGGCGACACCGUGGAACCCGAAAGACUCUCUAUCCACCCCCACCUCACCCCCUAAUUCGCUACAGCCCUGAUGCUGGUUGGGGUUGACUGGGGAGGACAACCCAUUGACUCAUUUGAUUCAGGCUGUUGACAGACAUACCAUUGUGUCCUGGACAGAGAGACUUUGAACAGACUUUUUCGUCAUCCGUAGACUGUCAUCAACGACCAGGUGGUGUUACUGCCUCCGAGGGGUCAUGCAAGGACUGGAACGGACGUGGACCCUCAAAGUUCUUUCAGAGUUGUGUUAUGGUUCUUGUGCCAGGUGGUGCGUUGCGGGCGGCACGACCAAAGUAAAUGUGUCUGAAAUGGAAGUAUGGUGUCACUCAUCCAACAAGCGUAAUACCUUUACAGAGAGGAUGUGGCAUCACCGUCACAGGAUGUGAUGUCACGGAUUAGUAAAAAGAGAAUCUAUAGGGGAGGGGGAGCUUCUGAGAAGAGUGGUUAGUGUGUGCGUGUGCGUGUGUGUGUGAUGAAUGGUUGAUUAAUUAGACAUAUUUCAUGCACUGGCUCCCAGCUGCAAUAUAGUGUGUAUAUACUAUAUCCUGCAUCUGUUCAUGUUGCUUUUUCCUGUUUCCUCUGUGUGUGUGUGUGUGUGUGUGUGUGUGUGUGUGUGUGUGUGUGUGUGUGUGUGUGUGUGUGUGUGUGUGUGUGUGUGUGUGUGUGUGUGUGUGUGUGUGUGUGUGUGUGUGUGUGUGUACUCGUGCACAAGUGUUUUUAUCCUGUUACAGCAGAGGCAAUGUCCACAACAUUGUUUUCAGGAAGAUACUGUAUUAUUCGACGGAUGGAGGAUGGACGGAUGGAUAAUAUGGGCUAACAGUUGUGUGAAUGUAUUGAAAAUAUGCAAUAUCUGAGUUUGUAUUGAUAAGUGGGGUAUGGUGAGUUGAUAUUUGGUUAAGUGACAUUAGGGAAAGCUAGUAUAGAGUGGGUUUAAAGGAUGGAACAGACGCAAAAUGGUGGCUGGAACACCAAUUGGUUGAGAGGGUUAAAUUCGCCCCAAAAACUAAAAUGGAGACUUAGAUUCUGAUGGACCAAGCUUAAAGAAAGCAGACAGUCACAGAGCAUUUUGAUUGAUUCCACUGCUUAAAAGAGCACCGAGAAUACACAACAAUCAACAGGGCUAGGAUUCCAAAAUGGGCGCCAUUUGUAGGCUAAACAUCGAUGAAAGGAACAAUUCCGGUUAUUACUUUUGUAGUACGAUGUACACAAGAGCAGUCAAGAUAGUCUUCUGCUUCACAACAACAAAAAACCCGGGGCGAAAGAAAAACAGAAAAGAAGAGAAGAAAUGAAUAGAAAACAAAGAAAAGAGAUGGUCCUUUUAUAAAGGUGUGGAAUUUUACAGGUUUUACUGUAAAUGGAGGAGGAGAAAGUGCAGAGAAUGUUUGUCUGGUUUAAAGAAGGAAAAAUUAUCUGUAUGUGCGUCUGUCUGUCUGUCUGUGUUACCUUAAAUGAAGUAUAAGACUAAUAGUAACCAAGUACACCUUCAUCCGGGCCGGAUUUGGGCCCCAUGUUAAAACCUAUACGUUCUCUGUUCAGUGUAUGACUAAUUUGCUAAGCGUUGUGUUGUAUUGUUAAACGUGUGUGUACAUUAUUUGUUUGCCGUCAAAUAUGAGUAACGCAUGACAAUGACAGUUAAUUUAAAGCCUCAAUAUAUUUAUACCUCAGAUAUGUUUUUUUGUACCAUGUUUAUUUUAUUGUAAAUGUUACGCUUAAGUUACAGAAAUUAGAAAUGUGUUUUAUAUUUUGUAUUAUUAAUAUUAUUUCUGUACAGAUUAAUCACAGUCACGUGCACUAUUAAAUGUAUUCAACAAAGGG